AUGGUCGUGGUUGGAGGUCCGGGAUACUCCGUGGUCGACGGUCGUAGCAUCGCCGUGGCCGGCGCGGGGGCCUCCGCAGGAGGCGCUUCAGCGGGCGGCGCUUCAGCGGGCGGUGGCGGCCUCAUGGGCAUGUGCUACGAGCGUUACGAGGAUGGUUCUACACAGUCCAUCACCUAUGCGGGCGCUGGCCGUGGCGACCUCGAGACCAAGAUGGUGACGGUCGGCGUUGGGCAAGGCAGCUACAAGGCCGUGGAGACCCCCAACUACAGCUACAGGCCACGCUGGCCUGUGAUUUGCAGCUGUUGCUGCUUCGGACUGCUGCUGAUUCUGCUGCCACUGCUCUUCUUGUUUUGCGAGGUGCGCAGUUUCUUCACGGGAGAGAUUUGCGGGGACCCAGGGCAGUACGAUGCAUGCGAAGAUAGGUGCUCAUUGGUCAACUUUCGUGAGUUUGAACAGAGUUUCUGCUGUGCAGAGUGCCCCGAACGAAUCCCUGCUCUGGGAUUCCAGUGCAGCGCUCCUCAACCAGCGGAGGUGCAUGACGUGGUGCGACGCCACUACAACACGGUGUAUCAUGCCAUUCCGGAGAACCAUUAUGUGAAGGUCCAGAUGCCUCCGCAGCCACCGUUGAUCCACACAGUGCACAUGAUGACGCCCCCGAGGACCUACCACUGUGCCAGCGACAUUGGUAGCCAGCCAGAUCCAGAUUAG